AUGGACCUUGAAGAUAUUCCAUCUGAAUCGGUUCGCACUAUGAACAUAGCGUCUACAAACAUCGCCACAACUACCUCUGUCUCCCAAAAACUAUUCAAUUUCUCGGGCCUUCCGAAUGAGCUCCAGUUCGCAAUUAUACAUCUCACCUACGAGCCACAAACAAUUGUUAUCGAAAACGCUUUCGAUCCUAAUACUGUAGCUCGCAGAAAGACUCCUACACCUGUAGCUCUUCGUCUUAAUGACGCUUGUCGAGCAGAAGCGUUAAAACAUUACGAACUAUUGAAGUAUUUCGGUCCACCUGGAAUAGACUUUGACAGAUGGCCACGCAUUUAUAUUAACUUCAAGACCGACAGAAUUCACUUAGUCCAAAAUCCUCCUAUAAAACUAGCUGAGUUGUUUUUGAUGCCAUCGAGUUCGCAUUUUCAUUCAAGUAUGGACCAGAUGAAGGAGCGGUGUGGGGUUGGGGCGAUUAUGUCGUAUGGGAGCAGCGGGAACGACUAUGUAACAGACCAAUACGUUGCGACGAUUCAACUGUAA